UGCACGUACUCGUCCUUAGUCAGUCAAACAGUGGAUUGAAUGUUAUGUGUGAUACGUCGCGUUAGUUAAUAAUAGUUAUAUAGUUAUUAACGCAUUGAGCCAGCAGGGGGCGGGGACAGCUGAUAAGUGCGUGAGUAGAAGAAGAGGAAUAACAGCCGAAGAAGAACAGAAGCAGCAUGGCAGGAAGUAUAACGAACCCUCCGAUCAGCAGCUCUCUGGCCAAACUGCAGUCUCUGAACGGACUGUUCGCGAUCUAUAAAAAGCAAGGACCGACCUCUGCAGACGUGCUGAACACGCUCAAAGAAGCUCUGCUCAAAGAGGCUGGCGUUCAGAACCCGAACCCGCGAAAAAGGAAGAAGCAGAGCCUGAAGAUGGGACACGGAGGGACGCUGGACAGCGCUGCCAGCGGGGUGCUGGUUGUUGGUGUUGGCAAUGGCACAAAGAUGCUCAGCACCAUGUUGGCUGGUUCUAAGAAAUAUGUCGCUGUGGGAGAACUGGGGAAAGCAACAGAUACUCUGGAUGCCACUGGCAGUGUGACUGUGGAGAAAGACUUUGAACACAUCACCAGACUGGACUUUGAGGACAAGCUGAAAACAUUCACUGGUGACAUCAUGCAGGUUCCUCCACUCUACUCUGCACUGAAGAAAGAUGGCCAGCGUCUGUCUGUGCUGCUGAAGAAAGGUCACAAGGUUGAGGCCAAACCAGCGAGACCAGUCACCGUGUACAACCUGAGCCUGCAAGAGUUCAAACCACCUCUCUUCACUCUGGAUAUUGAGUGUGGUGGUGGAUUUUAUGUCCGGAGCUUGGUGGAUGACGUGGGAAAAGCUCUGUCAUCGUGUGCCCACGUGAAGGAGCUGAUUCGGACCAAGCAGGGUCAGUUCACCCUGGAGGAGCACGCCCUACAUGAGGAGCAGUGGACCCUGGAGCACAUCCUGCGCUCUCUGCAGCCCUGCUCAGGCUCAGAGCAGACCAUGGACUGCACAAAGGCAGCAGAGGCUGACACCUGAAGACUACACUGUGAACAGGACCUAAAGUGAAAGUGACACGCUGAGGUUACUGUUUCACGAUUAGUCAUAUGACUCACCUGCUUGGCUUUUCCAAUGAAGAGUACUUCCUGUCUAAACGUAUGUUCAGACUCGAGGGUGAUUUUGAGCAACUGAAGUGUGACAUCGUUGAGACGAUGUCAAAAGCUCUGUGGAGCAGCGUGCUCGCUCUCGUUUCUGUCAUCUGCUCUUUAAGUUUUAGUUAAAUUUGUAAAUGAUUGUAUAAAUGACAGCCACCCUCCAUCCCAGCCUCUCGGUGACACACAUUCUACAUACUUCUACUACUGUGAUAGAAGAGUUUUCCAAUUUAAGACUUUAAAGGACCAGUGUGUUGGAUUUGGGCAUCUAAUGGUGUAGUUGCUCAUUGCAACCCCCUUGUUUUUUUCUUGGAGCGAAGAAAGAAAUCUGGUGGCCAUGAAGCAUGCGUUAAACCCAAAAGGCCCCAUCUAAAGCCAGUGUAGUCUGCCUGUUUUGAGACACUGUAGAGACAUGGUGGACUCUGUGGCAGAAGACCUGCAUGUCUUUAAAGACUCCCUCUGAGGUAAUAAAGACAAAGACCCUUAUUUUCAGUUAAUUAAACACUGCUGAAUACAGCUGAAUGUUCUGUUUCUGUGGACAUCUGAUCUGACACACUGGACCUUUUUAAAGUCUAGCAUGAAGCAGACGUACCAUGAAAAGAUUCCACAGGAUUUAUUAAGAUUUGUUCAUCAAAUAUUUGAAUUAUUUUCAGGAAGAAGUCAGCAGAAAAAUGACUUGAUGUAUACAGUGAUAUAAUAGUGUAUCAAUACAGACUGGUAUGUAAAGGAGUAUUGUGAUAACAGCUGCACAGUUGACACCAGUUCCACCUCCUGCAGCCAGGAAGCAUUUGUAAAGCAGGUCACGUGUUUAUGAAGAUGCUGAUGAUUUAUAGAUUUGUGUACUCCACAUUUGAAUGUGAAUUUGUUGUUGCAUCAGCAGUGUCACUGCAACUCUAAUUUAAUUUGUUCUGCACUUACAAAUUAAAAGCAUCUAUGCAAACAUA